AUGCUAGACGGAGAACUGUCAAAAUUCUUCGACAUUGAACAGGGGGUCCCACAAGGUGAAAUCCCAGCGUUGCUAGGACAGCUCAGGAACCUGCAGGUGCUCAUGCUCUUUAGUAACAAGCUCACAGGCAACAUCCCGUCAGAGCUUGGAGAUCUCCGACAGCUGCAGGUGCUGUUACUUAGCGACAACCACCUCACAGGGCCCAUCCCAUUGGAGCUGGGGCACCUUUCAGCACUGAAGGAGCUCGUCCUUUCCGGCAACCAGCUAAGUGGCCAUAUCCCGCCGCAGCUAGGAAAUCUUGGCGCCCUGCAAGACCUCUACCUCAGCCGCAACAAGUUAGAUGGGCCCAUUCCCCCGGAGCUGGGAGAGCUCGCAGCACUGACGUCUCUCUACCUUUCGAAUAACCAGCUGACCGGCCCCAUUCCGCCGGCGCUGGGAAAGCUCGCAGCGCUUCAAAGUCUGUACCUCCAAGGGAACCAGCUGAGCGGGCCCAUACCCAAGGAGCUGGGAGCCCUCACGGAACUGAAUGUGCUUUGGCUUUACAGCAACCAGCUUACAGGCAACAUCCCGCCAGAGCUAGGAGAUCUCCGACGGCUGCAGUGGCUGCAGCUCAGCGAGAACCACCUCACAGUUGGCGGGAGAAAACAAAAUUAA